AAGAAUUGGACCACUCUGAUGAUCUUCUACGUGGAAGCUCCAUUCUAUAUGAAUAGUCUUGUUCGAUAACCCAACGAGAGCACAAUCUGGUGUCUUUUUGCAAGGCCUCUUUGGGAACUUUCCUUAGAUGAGUAUCCUUUGAAAGAUUUCUAGGUUGCCGGACAGAGCCGGUUUUCAAUACUUGAUUGAUCUUCAAUCUGCAGCUCCAAGGCAUUUUGCGGUCGAUCGACUACUCUAGAAUAUGCCGACUCUUGCUGUCACGAAUUUCAACAUUGUUUGUGCGACACUUGGAGGCUUCAUAACUGUCUUCGGACUGGUAUCUUACCUCUUCAAAGAGAAGCUAUAUCUGUCAGAAGCUCUUAUAUCGUUAUUGGCAGGUGUCAUAUUCUCUCCGCACGCCGCGAAUUUCCUCAAACCACUCGAAUAUGCUGCUGGCUCGGCUGAAGUUCUAAACACAAUCACACUUUAUUUCGCUCGACUAGUGCUUGGUGUUCAGCUUGUCAUAGCCGGAGUUCAGCUGCCAAGCAAAUAUCUUUUGAAGGAAUGGAAGACCCUGGCUCUUCUUCUUGGACCCGGAAUGGUCGCCAUGUGGAUUUCAAGCGCCCUGCUCAUAUGGGCUCUAGUACCGCAUUUGUCCUUUCUUCAUGCCUUGGCCGUGGGAUCUUGCAUUACUCCAACAGACCCUGUCCUUUCAAACACGAUUGUGAAGGGCAAGUUCGCCGACAAAAAUGUUCCUAAAGAGCUACAAAAGGUCAUUGUUGCUGAGUCAGGUGCCAAUGACGGACUUGGUUAUCCGUUCUUGUUCCUCGCACUGUAUUUAAUCAAAUAUACAGGCGAUCAUGGCUUGGGUCAGACCGGCGGCGCCGGCAGAGCCAUUGGGUUUUGGUUUGUCGAAACUUGGAUAUACACGAUCAUUUUGAGCAUCAUAUACGGAGCUACAGUAGGUUGGAUUGCCAAGGAACUCUUGCAUUGGGCAGAGGAAAGGAGAUUCGUCGACCGUGAAAGCUUCCUUGUAUUUGCCAUUACUCUGGCGCUCUUUAUUGUUGGGACAUGCGGUAUGAUAGGCAGUGACGAUGUACUCGCCGCUUUCAUUGCGGGAAACGUUUUCACUAUUGACGACUGGUUUCGGCUAGAGACACUCGACGAUUCCUUGCAACCUACAAUCGAUAUGCUUCUCAACGUCUCCAUCUUUAUAUGGUUCGGUGCAGUGUGCCCUUGGCACAGCUUUGUUGACAACAGUGUCAUCCCGCUGUACCGGCUCGUCACUUUGGGGAUCCUCAUACUUUUAUUUCGGCGCUUGCCGAUCAUCCUAGCAAUGCAUACCAAGAUUCGGCAAAUUGAAGAACUGCGACAGGCAUUGUUUGUCGGAUUCUUCGGGCCUAUUGGUGUCAGCGCUAUCUUCUACCUCUAUGUCAGUCUUGAAUUCUUGGGUGACGUCAAGUACGCAAGAGUUGUUCGAGACGAUGCCGCCACUUUGGAAGAGGUUAUGACGGUGGUAAUUUGGUUCAUCGUAAUCUGCAGCGUGGUUGUGCAUGGAUUGAGUAUACCAUUAGGCAAAUUGGGGUUCUAUCUGCCUCGAACACUUUCCAGUGCACUUGAUACAGGUGAGCAGACUGAGCCGGCAUCGUUCCGUAUCCGUGAGCACGCAGAAGAGCUGGCAGUUGUGCCUCAGAGAGAAAAUUUGAGACCUCGUCAAUCUGAGAAUUCUCGUGCCAAGGGAUCCCCGCAACGACCGGCACAGCCAGUCUUUCGGAUUGGCGGAUCCGUCAUCCGAAGCGGGAGUCCCUCGGCCUCGUCAAGCGCAGAUACAACUUCCUGGGUCCCCCAUCAGGGUCUCUCUUCUACAAGUACAUUGUCGCGCGCUGAGGCGAAGGUACGCAGCAGCGAUCAGCACGAGGAGAGUCCUCAGGCUAGAACCGAUUAGCCCUGUCAAGUCACGACUGCACGUCAUCCCACGGAAUCCCACGGCAUCGCUCCUUCUUUUGCAUGAUUCAUUUGAUAGACAAAUAUAUGGCUCCAUGGCCGAUCACCGCAAUAUAGACGGAAGACAGUUGUCAAUCAGAUUGUAGCAUAGCUCAUUACUUAGCACUCCACU